UUUGUAUAACUAUGGUUAAGAUUUGAGAUUGAUUUAAGAUUUAAACUAUUUAAUUAGAAAAAAGUGAAACAUGUUUAUUUUCUAUACUUCAGUGAUCACACUGGUUUAAACUAGAAUUUUCUUAGUAUUAACUCUUGCAUUGAAAUCUACUCACUAGUUAUUUUCACUCUUUUUAUUGGAUAUUUAAAUUUUCUUUGUUGAAAGAUUUUAUUUAUAUUAUAAGUCUAUAACUAAGCUUUUAUCUUUAAUUUUUGAAUUGGAUGUUAUGUUGAAAUUUAUAUAAAAUGUCUGCUUUGAAACACUUUGUGUUUCCCGAUCAUGCACCAAAUUCUGGGACUGUGAAGGCAAAGUGCAAAUAUUGUCCAACAUACAUCUCUGGCAAUGCCAAAACAACAUCAAACUUUGUGACACAUUUAAAGAGAAAGCACAGAGACAUUUUCAUUCAAAGUAAAUCUGAGGAUGGUACACAAAUAUCGCAAACAAAUAUAAGCAACUUUACAAAAUCUACAUCAGUUUCAAAAUACUCUGCCAAUGAUGCUUCUCAAAUGCAGAUUACAGAUGCUUUGGUUUCAUUUGUAGCUGGAAAUUUAACACCACUCUCAGUUGUAGAGAGUCACGAAUUCAAGACCUUUGUCGAAUCAUUGAAUCCAAAAUAUCAACUUCCUAGCAGGAAACAUCUUUCUACCAAACUAUUACAUCAGAAAGCAAGCAAUAUUCAAUCAAAUAUAAAGGAAAAAUUACGCUCAGCAGAAAGUGUGUGUCUGACUAUCGAUUUAUGGUCUAAUCGUCAGAUGAAGGGAUUCUUAGGAAUCACAGGUCAUUUCAUACUUGAUUGGUGCAUUAUCAAACAGUACAAGUAUCACUUUACUUAA